AAAAAAAAAUUCAAUAUUUCUGUCUAUGAGAGCCUCAUGCACUUCAUCUAUCAUAUGUGCUUGUGAGGUGUGAAGGAGAGGAGGAGGAGGAGGAGGAAGAAGAGAUUAGAAAAGGUUAUACUAAGAAAAAAGAACAAAGUGGGAAUGUCGAAGAAAGGUGGAGGUGCCGCUUCGUUUCAAAAGGAUGUCCCAUGGAGAGCAUCGUCUUCUUCUGUGAAGCCAGUACCCAAAAUUCACCAAUCUCCAGUUCUUCGCAUUUCCCAGACACCCUUUUCCGAUUAUGCCCUCUACACAAUGAGGAAUCCGGACCCUAUAGGGAGUGGUUUGGGUGAGGAGGCCAUAGUGGAAGCAGCUGGUCCUGACUGCAUCGUACCAGGCCAGAUUAUGCCCCUCAAACUACUUGGCGUCAAGGUCUGGCCUAUCAGUGUUGACCUGAAAUUUUUGGAACCAGUUGGGCGAGAACUUAAGAUGCUUGGGAAGUUCAUGGAUGACGCUGUGGAUCUUAUGAACAAAUCGUUCAUAGAGCGUUGAUAGUACGGCCUAUGUGAAAAGAUGAAGCAGCAGCAAUUUGAAUUAAAGAGACCAGAAGUAUAGGCAAGCCGAGUGACUGCAACAUUUGGCUCAUUUUGUAUUUAGUCUUGCUUAUAUUUUCCCAAGCAGCAGCAAUCUAUAGUUUUGUUCCGUACUUCCCCCGGCCCCCUUUCGUUUAUGCUAAAUAAGAGAAUAUUUUAUAAAAUCCGAUGUUUUACUUUUUCGUCUGCAUGCAAUAAUGCAGUUGGUUGCAUUACUUGGAUUGAGAAACAUAACAUAGUUUGAACUGUAUGUUGCUAGUGCACUGCACUUCUAUCCUAUGCUGCCUUUUCCU